AGAGUGAAUUGACCGAACGCGCGACGACGACGACGACGACGACGACGACGACGACUUUGCCAUCGUCGCCGCCGUGUGCUAGGAAGAGAGAGAGAGAGAGAGAGAGAGAAAGAGAUAGACGCUUCGCGAUUUCCAUUGGAGAACAAUAAGCCUUGAAAAGAGUACGAGCGAGGGAAAGAAAGCGUGCGAGUGAGAAAGAAAGAUAGAGAUAGAGAUAGAAACUAUCGUGAAGUGUGCCCUAGAGGUGAGAUACGAGAGCGUGGCAGAGUUCGACGAGUAACGGAACAACGACGCGGGCUCUAAUAUAACAGAGAAAAAUUGACGAUACAACCGCGGAAAAAAUAAAACAGGUGGAAAAUAUUAAAUAAAUAAACAAAAGGAGAAAAAAAAAAGAAAAAGAAUAAUAAUAUGACGAUGCGCGUUCGCGACGCGGCUCUUCUUCCGUGAUUCGUUGUCAUGUCAUGAGGCGAAGCGUCUGCGCCUCGAUCGUUUAGUUGUACAGUGACGCCAACGAGAAAGAAGAAUAAGACACGAAGAGAAAAGGAAAUUCCCUGAAAAGUCUAGCUAUCGUUUUACUACGUCCUUCCGCUUUUCGUACCCGCAACUUUUUCUUCCUUUAUUUCCUCUUUCGAAUUCUACCCCUCUAUCCUUUUCUCUUUCUCUUUCUCUUCUUAUUCCCUUUCCCCCACUUCGUCCUCGUUUUCACGGAGAUACGAAGGUAGCCAAGAGCGCGUCCGUUUCCUCCUCCUCCUCCUCCUCCUCCUUCUCCUACUCCUACUCCUACUCCUACUCUUUCCCUUUCCCCUCUUCCCCCACCUCUCUCUUUCCCCUCUCUUUCUCUCUCUCACUCCCUCACUCUCUCCGCUGCACUUCUCCUCCUUCGAACGAUAGCCGCAGUCAGACAUUGCUCACUUCUCGACCCGACGACUGUUCUGUGUUUACGCUGGAAGGAUUGACAAAUCACAACGAUGUACGCGAAGGGAAAGGGGUCCAGCGUACCAUCGGAUGCUCAGGCCAGAGAAAAAUUAGCUUUGUAUGUUUACGAGUAUCUUCUUCAUGUCGGCGCACAAAAAGCAGCACAAACAUUCCUGUCGGAGAUACGAUGGGAGAAAAAUAUAACGCUUGGAGAACCACCUGGGUUUUUACAUUCAUGGUGGUGUGUGUUUUGGGAUCUAUAUUGCGCAGCACCAGAACGACGAGAUUCGUGUGAACACAGUAGCGAGGCCAAAGCUUUUCAUGAUUAUGGUUUUGUGAACAGUGGUUAUGGUGUUAAUGGAAUUGCACAUAAUGCUGGCCCAGCUCCUUCUCCGAUUGGACAGAUGCCACCUAAUGAUGGUAUGCCUGGUGGUCCAAUGCCUCCAGCAUUCUUUCCAAACAACUCGACAAUGCGACCAUCUCCGCCCACACACCCCUCAUCACAGCCAUCCCCCCAGCACCCCCAGCCACCCCCGCCCCCACACUCGCAGAUGAUGUCCACUCAGUUUAUGGGCCCAAGGUAUCCUGCUGGCCCACGACCAGGAGUACGUAUGCCACAAAUGGGAAACGAUUUUAAUGGACCACCUGGACAACCAAUGAUGCCAAAUAGCAUGGAUCCUACUAGGCAAGGCGAAGCUGGAGAAUUUGUAGGGUGGCAAGGUCCACCAGGAAUGAAUCCUAUGAAUCCACGAAUGAAUCCUCCACGAGGUCCAGGUAUGGGUCCAAUGGGACCUGGAAGUUAUGGUCCUGGAAUGCGAGGGCCACCUCCUAACAGUAGUUUAGGUCCUGGUGGUCCAGGAGGUCCUGGUAUGCCCCCUAUGAGUAUGGCAGGACCAGCUGGAAGACAACAGUGGCAACCGAACACAUCAACGCCGAUGAAUUACUCGUCAUCAUCGCCGGGUAACUACGGAGGUCCACCAGGUUCGACUGGUCCUCCGGGCCCAGGCACGCCAAUUAUGCCCAGUCCUCAGGACAGCAGUAAUAGCGGCGGAGAAAAUAUGUAUACCAUGAUGAAACCUGUACCUGGUGGAAACAUGCCUGGAGAUUUUCCAAUGACCGGUGGUCCAGAAGGUGGUCCGAUGGGACCUAUGGGUCCUAACACAAUGGGACCGGUUUUAAAUGGCGAUGGUCUUGACGGAAUGAAGAAUAGUCCAGCUAAUGGUGGACCAGGAACACCACGAGAAGACAGCGGAAGUGGAAUGGGUGACUAUAAUCUGGGUGGUUUUGGAGGACCUGGAGAGAAUGAUCAGACCGAGUCGGCGGCCAUCCUCAAGAUCAAGGAGAGCAUGCAGGAGGAAGCGAAGAGGUUUGAAAAGGACUCGGACCAUCCCGAUUAUUUCAUACAAUAACUUUUCACGAGUCGUUGGAAAGCCCCUGAGACCAAACUAAAAAAUCGAGUUUAAUGCGCGAAAGAAACCAAACGAAAGAAAAAAAAAGACACACGCAUACACGAACAUACAUACACACACACACACACACACACACACACACGGACACGUACAAAGGAAAAACGAAAAAAAGCAGC